AUGGGAAGCGAGUGUUGCGGGGUAGUCAGGCGAGUGGGUGCUGGAGUGGACGAUCUCGAGAGCUCUGAGGUAGCGCGCUGGCUGCGGCAGGCGGGCCGCAAGGUGCUGUGCCUCUGGAUGCAGGGCGGGCUGUUCCGGCGCGUGGUGCAGGUGCCGCGCGGCCACUGCUUCGCGCUGCCCGCCAGCGCCACCCUUACGCACUCCGCCGCGCUCGGCCUCGACUGCCUCGUCGCCUACCUCUGCCUGUUCGACCUGGGCAGGCUGCGCAAGGCGGGCGUCGUCUUCAUGCAGUCUCUCGCAGGUGGCGUGGGCACGGCCGUGGCGCAGCUGGCUCGGACGGUGCCGCUGGUCACGGUGCUGGGGACGGCCUCUGAGUCAAAGCACGACAAGCUGUGGCGCCUGGGGGUGAACGGCGUGUACCGCCACGAGGAGGACUACGUGGAGCGCAUCCUGAGCCUCUACCCUGAGGGCGUCGAUGUCGCCAUCGUCCGCAGUGGAGGGGCGGAGACCGAAAAAUUCCUGAGGCUGCUCAAGCCUUGCGGAAGACUGAUCACUAUCGGUGAGUACGCGAAUUGCUGGUCUGUCACUAAAUUGUUCUUAAGACAGUUCUAA